ACGACAAAUCCCGCCCCUUGUUCUGUGCUUGCUGGAACAUUUUGUUUUGUCCAAGCCUAACUAAUUCCCACACUUGCUUCACCAUUUUGUGAUAUUAACUGUUGUAUAUUGUUGACACGCUGAAGUCAAAAUACCUGCGGAACGCUACAGGACGCGUGGCAGGGCGUCCAAUUGGAUGAGUUUGGAGUUAAAGUAAUGAAAUGUGAAGCCGCCCAUCACCUAUGCUCGUUUUAUACCCAAAUUAAAUCAUGGACGGGAAAAAGAGAAAGGUAAGCGGCGACGACGGCGGCCUAGGGCAACUUUGUAGGCGUAAUGUCGCCGGAAAGCCCAAAAGAGAGGCGGCCAAAGUCCUCCGAGCUCUCAUGGUGGAGGACAAUAACAACUGCCCGGAGCCCAUGGAGGAAGAGGACGACGACUGCUUCUCCAUUGGCUUUCUCCGGACAGGUAGGGUAGAGCCUGCCGUGCUGGUCCCCCUGUCGGUGCCGCCCAGAUACACCUUGAUCCGGGAGGUGGGUCGGGGUAGUUACGGCGUGGUGUACGAGGCCAUUGCCCGGAAAAACGGAGCCAGGUUAGCCGUGAAAAGGCUCCUGUGUGACGCCCCGGAGAACGUCGAGCUAGCUCUGGCCGAAUUUUGGGCCCUGACCAGUCUGGAGAACCGACACCAGAAUGUGGUCCAACUGGAGGAGUGCGUUCUCCAAAGGAACGGAAUGGCCCAGAAGAUGAGUCAUGGCAACAAGAGGUCCAAACAAUACCUGAGGCUGGUGGAAACAUCACUAAAAGGAGAACGCAUCAUAGGUCAGUCAUCGGAACCCUGUUACCUCUGGUUUGUCAUGGAGUUUUGUGAAGGUGGCGACCUCAACCAAUACAUCUUGUCCCGACGACCCGACCCCCAAACCAACAGAAGUUUUAUGCGGCAGUUGACAAGCGCUGUGGCAUUUCUGCACAGGAACAACAUUGUCCACCGGGAUCUGAAGCCAGACAACAUUCUCAUUUCACAGAAAUCUGGUGUACCAGUUCUCAAAGUUGCCGACUUUGGUUUAAGUAAAGUUUGUGCAUCCAUGAGUUCUAAGAACGCUGAGGACUUACCCACUGCAGGUGUUGGGAGCAACCAGAACAACAUUGUCAACCUUAACAAGUUAUGGUUGUCUUCUGCUUGCGGGUCCGACUUCUACAUGGCCCCCGAGGUGUGGGAGGGCCACUACACGGCUAAGGCGGAUAUCUUCGCCUUAGGCAUCAUCAUCUGGGCGAUGAUCGAGCGGAUCACUUUCAUUGACGCGGAGUCCAAGCGAGAACUGCUGGGCACCUACGUACGUCAAGGCUCAGAGAUUGUUCCUGUUGGCGAGGCUCUGCUGGAGAACCCCAAAAUGAUCCUCCAUAUUCCUCAGAAGGCCAGAAGCUCCAUGUCCGAAGGUGUGAAGAAACUCCUCCAGGAAAUGCUUGCUUUCAACCCUCAGGAGCGACCUGAUGCCUGUCAGCUGGAAGUGCAGAUGGUCCGGGUCACAUGCGCCGCAUGAGACCCCCAACAUCUGAACGCUCUCUUUUAAACCCCUCAAAAAUCAUCAAAGAAGGGACCUUGUUAUUUUCCAGGUUUUGUUUACCGCAUGGAUGCGAACUCUUGACCGAGAAAGGGAACCCGACAAUGCAAAACUGUGAAGAACACAACACCUUCAUUUGGUACUGAUGCGGUCAGAUGCCUCGGUUGGGACCAGUAUGCGAACAACUCUCUUCUAGCACCUCCCACUAUGAAGCAUCUUCACUAUGUACAGUGGGGAACAAGUAUUUGAUACACUGGCAAUGGGAAAACCCAUUGCCAGUGUAUCAAAUACUUGUUCACCCCACUGUAGCUGUUGUUUUCUUCCUCACAGGCUUCUUUUUGUCAUCGUGAUCAAUCUAGCAUUUGUAGUACUUUGCUUCUUUGCAAUGAACAGGUUUCCCAAUGGUGUGCCUUAAACAGGGUGAUUUAUUACUGCAUUUAGUCACACUCCCAAGUUCUCUUCACCUGACCUCAUGUAAAUAGAGUAGACGGCAAGUGAAGUGAGGGGAAGGAACAAGUAGAUGAACAUAAACUAUAGAGGCGAUUUAAACAAUGUAGAGAGCUCCACCGAUCCAACACUCUCCACUGUGCAUCAGACCAAAGCAUGAUGUAGCAUUUCAUUUUGAGUGACUCUGCAGUAUAGUGGUGGACUUCAUUAUAAACCCUUUGUGGUGUGGAGCUACCUCAUUGUCAACACCCUUUAUUUGUCAGUUUGUAAAAUCCUCAGGUUCUUGACAAGUUAAUACUAAACAAACAUCUGGCUUUAUAGCAGUCUGUACUUAGACAUACUUGAGCGCUCACUAACAAUUUUCUUGGCCUCAACAUGGUCAUUUUAUUGUAAUAUAGUUCCUGUAAGGUGUUGUUAUUGUACAGUUUACUUGCAAUGUUAAGACAAUCUGAAAAAUGGGAAUGUAUUGUCUGUUUCUUCCGUGACCGUUAACAUUUACUGCCACUGACAAUGUGGGUCUUUUCAUAGACACGUUAGCUGCCAUUGACGGCGAUAGACGUCCAAUCCAUUUACAGUUUGAGGGUAGCAGAAAAUGAACGUUCAUAUGCUGCCACCCUCCCACUUCAAAUGGAUUAGACAUCUACUAGUGAUAAACACGUUUAAUUUCACAGUAGAAAGAUGAAAAGAGCCACAUGAUUGGACAUCUAUCAUCGUUUAGAUCUAGAUUUUACCUCAACUAACAACUAAACAUCUCCACUGGUUCCACUUGAAAACAAAAAACAACCUUCACACUAUGCAAAAUGUUUCACUGCCUCACUGGGAACAAUUUACAGACGCUGUGUGUAAUAGGCUGUAUGUCAUGUACUAUACAAACUUUUUUCAUAGUGCAUUUUUCCUAAUGUGUACUGAAAUCUGUUUAUUUUAUGUACAGUGUGUGUUUUUGUUACUGAAGUUGAUGAGAGCCUGUUAGAAGCUAGUGCAUUUUAUUUUCCUGUAAAUAUUUUUGGCUGUUU